AUGGAUGCUGCAGAAGAACCCCAAAAAAAGGUCUUUAAAGCUCGUAAAACAAUGAAAACAAGUGAUCGUCAACAGUUAGAAGCUAUACACAAAGUUAAAGAGGACCUGUUGAAACCUACGGAGCUGAAACUUGUUAACGGAAACCAUGAAAAUGGUGAUUCAGACAUGAAUUCUGUUCAUAAUGAAACAGACUCUUUGGAGGAAAAAAGUGAUCUAAAUGGUAUCAUAGAUAUUAACUGUGACAACAGGCAUGUUGUGAAAGUCAACCUGUCUGACCUUAAGGAUGGCUUAAGAAAUGUUGACCAGGUUAGUAAGCUGCCAGCUGAAUUUAAUCUUCCUGAAAGUAUAGCUUGUGAAGAUGCAAGCAGGAAUGUAACAUGUGAAGAAGCUAUUCAGACCUCUGUGGAUAACAGUGAUCCAAUACAUGAUGAAAAAAAUUCAACCCCUGCGACUAAUGACCAAAUUGUUUCAGAAGGAUUGCCAUUGCUUGAGAGCUUACCUGAUGACGAGUCUUCAGAAGGACACUCUCACUCAAACAUUCCCAUGGAGGAUGAUGGCAUUGUUGAAGAAUCCUUAAAUGAUUCAGAAGACGUAAAUCCUGUGGAAACAUCUGUUGAAAAAGAGUGUGCAGAUACAGGCACAUUUGAGAACAUACCUAUUGAUAAAGCAGAGACCCUGUCAGAUAUGCAUGCCCUUGAGUCUCUUGAUGCAGAGAGUAUAUCUUGUGGUAACGUAGAAACCCAGGAGAGUUCAGAUAAGGACCAUCAGGAAAAUGAAAAAGACUUUCAUGCCAGUGAAAUACAAAACUCUGAAGAAGCUGAAAAUAACGAGGAGGAGGAGGAGGAAAUUGUAGAGUCAAUAAAUCUACAAGAAAACAUGAUUGAUAUGGAUGUGGAAGAAUCUGAGUGUUCUGAGAAAAAAAAUGAAUGCAAAACUGAGGACAUUUCAUCAUUACAGGAGGAUGUUGGUGAAGAAGCCAUAUCCAGCAGUAUGGAGGUUGACCAUACUUUGAAAUCUGUAGAGCAGACUCCACCUCUAGCUGAAGAAGUCUCUCUUGAUAAAACCGUUUCAGAAUUGGAGCAAGGUUCUGGAGUAGAAUGUCUAGAUGCUAUGGAAACAGAUGAAAUUAUACCUAUUCUAGAAAAGCUGGCACCAGUGCAGGAUGAUUUGCAGUGUUUUUCUAAGUCUGUAUUGAGCUCUGAAAAUUCUGUUGCUAAUCCAGAAAAGGUUGAAAAUACUACUGAUUCUCCUAGCAAAAAUGAUGUCAGUGAAAGUUUACCAAGUGAGGCAUUUUUAGUUCUUUCUGAUGAAGAAGAACCCUGUGAAAUUGCACCAGCCCAAGAAAUCGCAGCCAACAGUGAUCAAGAUUCUAGUAAACUUACUUCAACAGAAGCAGCAGUAGCUGAAGAGCAACAGAAACCACAGGAAAAUGCAAGUGAUACAGAAACAGAGAAGAGUGAAGCACCCCACCGAAAGCGUUCAAAGUCUGAAGACUUGGAUGGCCAGAGCUCCAAGCGUAGGCGCUUUGAAGGUGAAGAAUAUGAAGCAGAGCUUAAAGUUAAAAUAACUGCAGGAGAUGAUCUCAACCAGAAGUUGCAAAAGGUGAUCCAGAGGAUGUUUGAGGAAAAACUAAGUGCCUUGCAGUGUGCAGACUUUGAUAAAGCAAUAGCAGAUUUGAAAACACGGGUGGAAAAAAUUGAAUGCAAAAAACACGAGAAUGUUCUGCAUUCCAUACAGGCUAAAAUCACACGCUUGACAAAACGCUUUGGAGCUGCUAAGGAGGACCUUAAGAGGAGACCUGAGCAAACCACGGUUAACCAGACUGCAUCACCAGGAAAGUCUGCAGUAAUGGAUUUAACUUCGAACUCUAGCCCAAAUUCAGUAGCUUACAGGAGUUCAGGCACUGUGAGACAAAUGUUAGAAUCAAAACGAAGUGUGGGGGAAACAACUUCAACAAAUAUGCAGAUGUCAGCUGCUGUGCUGCCUACUACAUCUACUACCCCAAACUCUUCUAAUUUACCAUUACGGACAUCAACUGCUCCACAAAUACCAGUCAGCCAGUCAUCUAGUAGUACUCUUCAAACCAGAGCACCACCUGAUUGGAAGCUUAUUCAGCAAAAAAUUAACGCUCAAAACACUCAAAGCGCUCAGUCCAAACCUAAUCCACCAGUUACUUCAUCUCCAGUUAUUCCUUCUGUUCUCGCUGCAUCUAGUACUGCAACAGUUGUUGGAAACAGUCAGGUAUCAACCAGCAGCACCCAGCCAGUGUCUGUUUCCCUACAGUCUUUGCCAGUUAUUCUGCAUGUUCCAGUUGCUAUGCCUUCUCAGUCGCAGAUCCUCCAAGGUACCACAGGGACAUUGGUGACUAAUCAGCAGUCUGGCAAUGUUGAAUUCAUCCCAGUACAAAAUCAGUCUACAACCGGUAAUCUUACAAAGACACCUGUGACAUUACCUGUAACAAAAGCAGUCAACAGCACUUCAAUGCCUAGUCCAAGCAUUCAGAGGAAUUCGCCAGCCUCCAGUUCUGUUCCUUCUACUUUGGCUGUACAGGCUAUCCCUUCAAAUCAUCCAGUUACAUUAUCUUCCAGGCAAUCCCUGCCAUCUGUGGGAUCUUCUGGCAUCUAUAGCCAAACUAGUAAUCGAAGUACAGCACAGUUGAAAUCGCCGGUAUCUGGCUUUAACAAUUCAUCUGAAUCAUCUGUUAGGACAGAUUUACAAGCUGGUCGGGCUUCUGCAGCAGAGCCAGCAGCAAGCAAGCGUACACCUGAGGGCAGUGCACAGAGUGCGAAAUCUGCAGCUGGUGUUAUUGAUCUUACACUGGAUGAUGAAGAUCCUGAACUGUCCUCUCAAGAUUCGAGAAGGACAAGCUCUACGACAGUGUCUGCAAAUGUUCAGCCAUCCCAAUCAGUUGGUCGCCAGUCACAGCCUUCUCAGAUGAACAAUCUUCAGUCAUCUACACCUGUAGGACUAUCUUCUCAGGCUACCAUACAUGUUUUACCAACAGCUCAGACAACUGUUAAUAUAACACAGCGGCCUGGUACACAAACGGCAACAAGGGCCUCAGCUCCUCGAGCGCCACAUAUGGUUUACACUACAACUACAUUGCCCACUAUCCCUGCACAGACACCUGUACGUAAUACUGUCAUGCAAAACCAGAACCUACGACAGAUGACCCCACAAGCAGGAGGUGUUCCUGUAAGAAUGCCGCAAACAGCUGCAUAUGUAGUAAAUAAUGGAGUACCUAUGGGCUCUGCACCGCAGCUCACAGUUCAUCAUCGUCCCCCACAAGAGCCAGCAAGGCCAAUCCAUCCAGCACCACUUCCUGAGGCUCCUCAACCCCAACGCCUUCCUCCUGAAGCGGCUUCAACUUCUCCACCUCAAAAACCUCACUUGAAACUUGCCAGAGUUCAAAGCCAAAAUGGAAUUGUUCUUUCCUGGAGUGUAUUGGAAGUGGAUCGUAGCUGUGCUGUAGUAGAUAGCUACCACCUCUAUGCUUACCAUGAAGACCCAUCUGCAACAUCUCCUUCACAAUGGAAAAAAAUUGGGGAGGUGAAGGCACUACCUCUUCCUAUGGCAUGCACUCUAACACAGUUUGUUUCUGGCAGCAAGUACUAUUUUGCUGUUAGGGCAAAAGACAUUUACGGCCGCUUUGGACCAUUUUGUGAUCCACAGUCAACAGAUGUUAUUUCCACUCAGAGCAGUUAA